AUGAGGGCAACAAGAGAAACACAUACUACUGAAUGUGUUCCACAUACAAAUGACCUAGAGCUUGGUGUUCUAAAAACUGUACGUAGCUCAGUGCUUGGUCCCCAGAAAUUUUCAGAUACAUUUACAAUAAAUCAGUCUGUUGAAACAUCAGUCAAUAAAAACAAUCUGCCUUUAUGUGAAUCUGUACACAACGUUAGAGCUGAAGCUACAAUACAGGCUAAUAUAAAUGAUCAAACUGAUUUUAAACAAUCCAAAAAACAUGCAAAGCAGGAUACAGAUGGAGCUCAGGGAAGAAAGCAAAGGAAAAAUAAAGUUAUUCGUAAAACCAAAGAAGAAAGAUUUGUUAGCAAUGAUUACUUGGUCACGACACAGUAUGAACUUGGACGGAAAUUGGGUGAUGGAAAUUUUGCAAAUGUUUACCAGUCUCGGAAGACUGGAACUGGCAGAGAAUUUGCUAUCAAGGUCAUAGGCAAAUCGAAGCUGAAGGGAAAGGAGUACAUGGUGGAGGAUGAGAUCCGGAUCAUGAAGGACUGUCGGCACCACAAUAUCAUCAGACUGUACGAGGAGUUUGAGACUCCGUGCUGGAUCUACCUGGUCAUGGAGUUGGUCAAGGGCGGUGACUUGUUUGAUGCAAUCAGCCAGAGUGUCAAAUUUGCUGAGGUUGACUCAGCUCUGAUGAUCAAGGAUUUAUGUCAUGCACUAUUUUAUUUGCAUUCUCGAAGAAUCGUACACCGAGACAUCAAACCUGAAAACUUGCUGGUUCAUAGAAACAAAGAUGGUAGUGUGACCUUGAAACUUGCAGACUUUGGUUUGGCCAUGGAGGUGAAAGGGUUAAUUUAUGCAGUCUGUGGAACUCCGACGUAUGUGGCACCAGAGAUUCUCAGUGAAACAGGUUAUGGCCUGGAGAUUGACAUGUGGGCUGUUGGAAUCAUCACUUACAUCUUACUGUGUGGAUUCCCACCAUUUCGAUCAACAGAAAAGAACACGAACCAGUCCCAGCUGUUUGAAUCUAUCAAAGCAGGACAUUUUGAGUUCUUGUCCCCAUUCUGGGACCAUGUGUCCGCAGCCAUUGAUGUGCUCACACACGUGUGGAUUGUGAGUAAUGGACAGACAAGCAAAGUGCCCAAUCAAUGCUUGUUUGUUGACAAUUUGGAUCUGCAUCUACACCACCGUUUGGAAGAGACAGCCGAGUUGAACUACCAGACGUAUCAGAUAUUGAAAGAAAAGAGAAGACGGGAGAAGAAUUGA